AUGAAUAGAUUUCGUGGUACCCCCAGCAUCACCUUCAAUCACAGUUUGUCCAAAUACUACGUCAGUUUCGACGGAAAAAGUAUAGAAACAACAGUCACAGACAAAGCAGCAAUUACAAGUGUAUGGAUUGAAGAAAUCUAUUCGAUUCACAAUGGAAACUCAACGGUUAUUGUUGGUUUGGACGUCGAAUGGAGGCCUCACCCCGUUGGAUCAAUGAGUAACAAAUCUGCAACUCUGCAACUCUGCAUAGAUGAUAAGUGUCUGAUUCUUCAACUCUUUUACAUGGAUGAAAUUCCGGAUUCUCUGAAAAACUUUCUUCUGGACCCUAAAUUUACUUAUGUGGGAAUUGAAGUGGCUGAUGAUAUCUUGAAGCUUAAGAAUGAAUAUGGGCUGGAUUGCAGCAGCAGCUCUGAUAUUCGAGCAGUGGCGAAGAAUAUUUGGCCGUUGAGGUUUCGUCGUCCUGGAUUAAAGGAUCUUGCCUUGGAAAUCUGUGGGCUUAACAUGAAAAAGCCUAAGCAUGUUUGCAUGAGUAAUUGGGAGGCAAGAGAGCUUAAUAAUAAUCAAGUUGAAUAUGCAUGCAUUGAUGCUUACGCCUCUUACAAGAUUGGUCACAAACUGCUUAUUGAACUAUCGUCAAACAAUUAA